CAGGCAGCCACCCAGCCACCCUACAGCCACCCUACAGGCCACCACAGCAGCGAUCGAGCGAGUAGCGCCGCCCCACCCGGCAACGAAAAAUGCUGUUUGAAAGUCCUACCAUGUCUGCCAAAAUGUUUCCAUACAAUGUGCCUCCACCGAUACAGGGUGCGACCGCGGUUCCCGUUCAGAACAUAAGAUUGCAUGGAACCACUUUUGGCGCUGGAGCCCUCGACCCGAACGGACUGCUGGAUACCCACGAGAUACAUACUGCCCUGGUGCCAAUCAAACCGACCCUUAUCGCCACACAGGCCGCCGCUGCCGUAGCAGCGAGCCAACAGCAACAGAUUAAAAGCCGCGAACAGUCGCAGGCAUCACAACAGCAACUGUCACUAUCGCCGGUCCAGCAGCAGGCACCCAUUUCGCAACAGCAACAGCAGCAACAGCAGCAGCAGCAACAGGUACAGCAGCAAGUCGUUCAGCAGCAGCAGCAGCAACAGCAGCAACAGCAGCAGGCCAACGGGGGGAACACAAACGGCUGCCUCAAGGGGCCCAACUCCAGCAACGGCAGCUCGUCCGGACGCUCGACCCCGAACAAUGGGAGCGAUCCGGCCCCGGGCAAGCUGUUCGUCGGUGGGCUGAGCUGGCAGACGUCGUCCGAGAAGCUGAUGGAGUACUUCGGCAUGUUCGGCACCGUGACCGACGUGCUGAUCAUGAAGGAUCCCGUCACACAGCGAAGCAGAGGCUUUGGGUUCAUCACAUUCCAGGAACCGAACAGCGUGGACAAGGUGCUCCAGGUGCCGAUCCACACGCUGGACGGUAAGAAGAUCGACCCGAAGCACGCCACACCCAAGAACCGACCGAAGACGCAGUCGAACAAGACGAAGAAGAUCUUCGUCGGCGGCGUCAGCCAGGACACGUCGGCCGAGGAGGUGAAGGCGUACUUCAGCCAGUUCGGCAAGGUGGAGGAAACGGUGAUGCUGAUGGACCAGCAGACCAAGCGCCACCGGGGCUUCGGGUUCGUGACGUUCGAGAACGAGGACGUCGUCGACCGGGUGUGCGAGAUCCACUUCCACACGAUCAAGAACAAGAAGGUGGAGUGCAAGAAGGCCCAACCGAAGGAGGCGGUCGCCCCGACCGCCCAGCAGCUGCUCCAGAAGCGCAUCAUUCUCGGCAACCUGGGCGUGCCGAUGUCGGCGGCGGCCGGCCCAACUUCGGCCGCCGCGGCCCGCCUCGUCGGGGCGGCACACGCCGGCGGCAACGCGUCGGGCCUGGUGAACCCACUGGCGGCCGCCACCAAUCCGCUGAUGGUGCAGGCUCAGGCUCAGGCCGCUCAGGCGGCCGCCGCCGCCGCCAUGCAAGUACAAAACGGAUUCGGCAAAGUCUUUGCUACAUAUCCACCGACGCUGCACAGCUUUAGGUACUCGCCAUAUCCCAUUCCAUCGGCCGCCGCCGCAGCCGCCAAUGCCGCGGCCGCCGCCAACCCGAUGUCGGCCGUCAACCAGGCCGCUGCCGCGCAGGCCCAGGCCCAGGCCCAGGCGCAGCAGCAGCAGGUCCCGCACCCGACGUCGGUGGCGGGCGCGACGGUCGGCACGCAGGCCGCCCCGCAGCAGACGAGCCAGCAGGCGGCCGCCGCCGCCCAGAUGGCAGCCGCCGGGCUGACCAACCCCUAUCAGGGCUACAGUUUGGCCAAUGUCGACAUGACGAGCUUCCAGGGCGUCGACUGGGGCUCGCUGUACGGCAUGGGAAUAUUGUACCCAGACAGUCACUGUUGA